AUGUCGUCCGCCGAGACUGGUCUCCCUGAGGGGUGGGAGGUGCGCCGCUCGAAUACGAAGAACCUACCAUACUACUUUCAUGCGCAAACCAAGGACUCGCGAUGGGAACCGCCCGCGGGCACCGAUCCGGAGAAGCUCAAGGCGUACAUGGCAGCCAACCACAGCUCCAAGGGCGUUGCGCCUGCUGCCUCUGCGCCGACUGAAGGCAAGAUUCGAUGUGCUCAUCUGCUUGUCAAGCAUCGCGACAGCAGACGCCCUGCUAGCUGGCGGGAACCCAACAUCACGCGUUCGGUGGAGGAGGCUCGCGAGAUGAUCAAAAAGUACCACGAGCAGAUCAAGGCAUACGAGCAGGGCCAGAGUGAUGGAAACGCAAAAUCACUGUCUGAGCUGGCAACGACCGAGUCGGACUGCAGCAGCGCCCGCAAAGGAGGGGACCUUGGCUUUUUUGGCAAAGGCGACAUGCAGAAGGAGUUUGAGCAGGCAGCAUUUGCGCUUGAAAAGGGCCAGGUCAGCGACAUGGUCGAGACGGCAUCAGGAGUACAUUUGAUCCAAAGGUGGGAUGACUAUCACAUGGGCUGA